AUGGAUAUUGAGCAAACAUCUAGUAUUGACCAACCUCAAUCGUCUCCUUUCACUGGUGAAAAUGUGAGUUCAACUCCUUCUGAACCAUCUUUGACACCUACUCCUCCACCUCAACCCCCACCUACUAUGGAAUGUCCUCCUCCCCUUACAACUAUAACUGAAAGUGAAGCUACAGAAGGUAGUAGAAAGAGAAAAAGUUCUACAAGAAAGGUGUCAAAAGUGUGGGAACACUUUACUAAGUUACCAUUAGAGGAGACAAAUGGAGAAGUUAGAGCUGCAUGCAAGUACUGUAAUUUAGAUUAUGCUUGUGACCCAGGCAAGCAUGGUUUAACAUCCUUGAAGAGGCAUGUACCAAAGUGUUCCAAGAAUCCACAUAAAGCUACACAAAUGACGAAGCAAUCAAUGUUGAAUUAUGUGACACCAAGUGGGCAAGAGGGAAGCUUAGUACCUCAUAUGUUCAAUCAGAAACGAUGUCGCAGGGCUCUAGUUAAGUUCAUUAUAUGUGAUGAGAUGCCAUUUAGGCUUGUUGAGAAGGAAGGCUUUAAAAAGUUUGUGAAGGAGUUAGAACCACAAUUUCAAAUCCCUUCAAGAACAACAGUGGCUAGAGAUGCCUGGCAAUUGUAUCUUGGUGAAAUUAGAAUCUUGAAAAAUUUGUUAAAGAAGUGUACUAAUCAUCUUUGCCUCACUACAGAUUGUUGGACAUCAGUUCAAAACUUCAAUUACUUAUGUUUGAUAGCCCAUUUCAUUAAUAAUGAUUGGAACUUGCAUAAGAGGAUUCUUAGUUUUUGCAUGGUUGAGAAUCACAAAGGUGAUACGAUAGGCAAGACAAUUGAAAGGUGCUUAUCAGAUUGGGGCAUACAAAAUGUGUUCACCAUAACUAUGGAUAAUACAACUUCCAAUGACACAGCCUUGUCUUACUUAAAAAGGCGUUUAAAGAAUUGGAGGGGUCUUGUUUGUGGUGGUGAUUAUCUUCAACUACGGUGUUCUGCACAUAUUCCUAAUCUAGUUGUUAAUGACAGGUUGAAGGAGUUGAAAGAUACUUUUGAGUCCAUUCGAAAUGCUAUUAGAUAUGUUCGUUCCUCUCCUGCUCGCUUGCAAAGAUUUAAAGAUGUUUGUGAAUUGGAAAUGUUGGACACAAAAAGUAUUGUUUGCCUUGAUGUCAGUACUAGAUGGAAUUCUACAUAUUUAAUGUUGGAUGUGGCUUUGAAGUUUCAAAAGGCAUUUGAAAGAUUAGAGGAUGAAGAUGAAGAUUUUGUUAGUUACUUCAACAAAGGUUCAAAGCGUCAUGCUCAAAGUGACUUUUCUUGUUUAGAGGGUAGCAUAGAUGCCUAUGUUUAUAGGCAAGAUGCUAGACCCGAUGACAACAUAGAUGCUUUUGCUUACUCUAGGCAAGCUCCUCUUAAGCAUAAUGGCCCUCCAAACAAACAAGCUUGGAAUAAAGCACGGUUCUUUCUUAAGUUCUUGAAGGUGUUUUAUGAUGUCACUUUACAAUUUUCUAGCACACUGAAAGUUACUGCACAUACAUGCUUCCAUCAAAUUGCUUUAAUUCAAGAGUUGUUAGAUGAGAAUGUUGAAAGUGAUGACCCUCUUCUUAGGGAAAUGUCUUUGAGCAUGAAGAGAAAGUAUGAUAAGUAUUGGGGGGCAACAGAUAAUUUGAACCCUUUGUUGAUUAUUGCUGUGAUUCUCGAUCCUCGAUACAAGCUUGCCUAUAUCAAUCAUGUAUUUGAUCAGCUUUUUCCUGCCCUUGACCUUUGUAUGUCCAUGAAGAACAAGGCAAGAGACACUUUGUAUCGCCUAUUUGAGGAAUACUCUGCAACAAUUGGUCCUGAUACAAGCAGUUCUGGUAGUAUCAACUCUCCAAGUGCUCUUGACACCAACACUUCAAAUGCAAGUAAAGGUAAAAAAGACCCUGGUCGUAGAUGGUUAGCAUCCCUGAAGCAAAAAAGCUCAUCAGUUGAUACCCAAUCAAAGUUGGAUAAAUACCUUUCUGCUAGUACAUCUGAGGACACCCCUAUUGAUGAUGAUGAUGAUGAUUUUGAUAUCUUAACAUGGUGGAAGGUUAAUUCUACCAAGUAUAGAGUGCUUUCCUUGAUAGCACGAGAUGUAUUGGCUAUACCAGUAUCUACAGUUGCUUCUGAAUCAGCUUUUAGCACUGGAGGACGUGUUGUUGAUGAUUAUAGGAGUUCUUUAUCUCCUAAGAUGACUGAAGUACUCAUUUGUGCCCAGAAUUGGCUAGUUGCAGGGCAAUCUCUCUCAGAGUUUGUCUCUAUGUUUCAUGAGGUUGAUAAUUUUCAAGAGACUGACGAUGUGGUUAAUGUUGCAGAUGCUUCAAGUGUUAUUGACACUAAGGAGAUAAUUAUUUGA